AUGACUCGAAAAUUCACUGAUAUAAGAUUUACCGAUGUUACCUUCCUCGAUAUUAUCAACGAGGGAGAGCAGUCGGCUAUUUUUAAGGUGAUUGUUCAUGGGACAACAUGUGUGAUGAAACUGUGGCAUGACUGGCUCGUAUACGACCCCGAACGCCUAGAUCGGGAACCUUUUUUCUGUGAAAGCACUGCCUAUCGCCGACUGAAAGCAAAAGGCUUUUGCGAGCGAGGUGUCAUUCCCGACUUCUACGGAACAAUCAACAAUAUCCAACAUUCUCUAUUGCCGAGCGAAUGGCCACAGGACACCUACUCGGUUCAGGAUAUGUUUGACGAAGACAAUAAACCUCUUAACGCUGUUCUCAUCGAAUACAUUCCCGGUCUUGAGAUGAUAGACCUAUCCAAUUAUUCAAUGCACUAUUUAGAUGAAUUCCGUCAAAUCCUUUGUGACAUGCAUCUCGCACGAGUUUACCACGGGUAUUCGUAUCCCAGAAACAUGAUGAUAUGUCGCGAACAGAACAGAGUGCUCUGGAUGGAUUUUGAAUUCUCAGAGACAUUUCCUGAAACUUCCACCCUUACGAAAGAGCAGACGGGUUGGUUUAAAAAUGAGAUGGCCCGCAUGAAUUGUUUUAUAAAGGCCUUAACCAGAGACCACAAUAAGGGGAGAUUGAAAUGUGCCGAGCAUUACUAUUAG